AUGCAAUGUAUGGAAGAGAGUGCGGAUUACUCCGAAGCGUUGCUUAAGGUAGAACACAUGCUAAAUGACCGCUUGCUUCAUAUUCUGAAUGUUGAUGUCCAGGAAGUCAAGAUUUUGUGGCAAAAUGGUCCGGUGGAUAUUCCUAUCAUUAGACAAUGGCGUCUAAUAAUCAUUACACAAAGAGUCGAUCCAAUCUAUCAACGAACUCCUGAAUCAGCACCCUUCUGUGGCAUUUGCCCAGAGGACUUCUUCUGGGCGUUAUGUCAACUACUCUACUCGAGAGAUGAUCUCGAUAGUGAACUCGGAAGUGUUGAUCUCACUAUCUAUACGGUUCAGAUUCCGCAAACUCCUGAUCACCAGCCAAUGGAUCCAUCCAUCUCUCAGAAGGUUGAGGAGCAGUACAUGUUUGUUCACGGGAGGGAUUGCUUUGUGGAUGCUGUGAAUACAGGUGGGAUGUGCCCUGGGUGUAAAGAGCCUUACAGGAACAAAGAUUUGACGGAUUUAGCUGAUAACAACAAUAGGCAGAAGCAGCAGCGGCCUAUGCUUCCGCCACCAGCUGGUGGCUCGAAGAUGGAGCGAAGAUCGUCAUUGAUGAAGUCGGGCUUAAUGAGGAGUCAAACCGGGGAUUUUGAUCACAACAGGUGGUUGUUUGAGACAACUGGGACUUACGGUUACGGAAAUGCUUUCUGGACAAAAGAUGGAAAUUUUGGGACUGAGAAGGACGGGAAUGGCCAAGGUAUAGGGCCGCAGGAUCUGAUGAGCAGACCGUGGAGACCGCUUACUCGGAAACUGCCGCUUCCUGCAGCUGCUUUUGAUUAUUAUCCGAAUUGUUGUUCUUACGCUGUUCUUGAUGUGGAGGAUUAA